AUGGUUGUUUCCACCUUACGUGCCUCUCAAUUAGGCAAACAGUAUGCCACUGGAGAUCAGCCAUCUAUUUUUAACGUUCUUUCCCAGGAAAGCCUUAUGACAGCUCUAAAGCCAGCCGUUGGGCACGUCAUCAAGUUCCUCGCUCUCGUGUACUCACAUCGAUUCCAAACGGCUCAUCGAUAUUACGACGAAUUGUACCUGCUAUUUGAUCUCUUGCUCCAAAAUCAGUACCUCAAAAAGUAUGGUGCAUCAUUUUCGGAGAAUUUCUAUGGUAUGAAAAGGAUAGUCAAUUCAACGGGUGCGCCUCCAGUGGGAUCCAGCGAUCGCUUUCGUUCGCUUAUUGUUUUAGUACUGUGGCCAUAUGUUCGGGACAAGUUUGACAAAUGGCAUGAGACUGGGAUUGACAGAGUUCGAGCGGCUCGCGUUACUACAGCAGACAUUCGCAUAAAAGUCGCUCGAUUAUUCGUUCGGCUCUGGCCUAUCAUCAAAUCGCUUCUCACGUUUGCGACCAUGCUACUUCAGCUGCUGUACGUGAAGUACAUUAUAAACUGUUCUUCCGUACAUUCUCCAUUCCUCUGGCUAGCCGGUGUUCGCUUAGAAAAGUUAACGGCUCAAGAUAUGGCGGCUUUCGAGCACAUUCCUCUUCACUUGCAAGGAUCAGGAAUCCUCAACCGACUGUGGCGUUUCCUCCUCGCUUUCCCAGGCGUAUUUUCGCGAUUGUUUGGAUACUGUCUAUUCUUUAUCCAAUUCGUUGACUUUAUGUACAAUAGCGAAUUCGGCUCACAGCUUAUCCGGAAAAAUCCACGUGGUCACGCACCUUCCGCUCCUCAUAAGCUCUUGACUGAAUCGAGUGUUUUAAUGCUGGACACGAACAAAUGUCCACUUUGUAUGAGGAAAAGAACAAAUGAUACAGCGCUAUCAGUGUCCGGCUAUGUGUUCUGCUAUUCUUGUAUAUAUGAUCAUGUCAACCAGUUCAAAACGUGUCCAGUGACGGGAUUGCCGGCUACCGUGAAUGAGCUGAUUCGGCUGUACAUACACUAA